GUCAGAACGUGUGGAGGAAACUUAAUUCAGCGCCGCUGUGGUGUCACAGGGGAAGUUUGACGACGACUACCGGGAAUCAAACCAGACAUGUCACUUCGGCCGCCCCCGUCAACACUCACGGCUGACUCUCAGUCUGACUCGCUGACUAUUUUGAAUCGAACUCCCAAAUGCAACUUUACUCUUCACAAUAAGCAGCAGUUUGGCAGAUAGUCAACAACUCUCCAAAAAGUUCUCGAGCUGCUUAAAGACACUCCCAGUUGAAGUUUACCGUCAAACUAAACAGAAAAAAAAAGUGAAUUUCACGUUAUGUAUUUAAAACAAAUGCAUAAUGUUGCCUUCAGAAUGCCCCCACUAGCUUAAAGCUACCACAUAAUGGGAAAAUCCAUAGUUGAGCAAACCAUAAGCAUAGAUAAUUGCUGUGUUAUAUAACUCGACAUCAUUACAGUGGAACACUAUUAGCAGUUUUGAUUUGCUUUCGCGGGGCACAUAAAAUGAAAUGGCGGGCCGGAUCUGGCCCCCCCGGGCCACCAGUUUGACACAUGUGCUUCCAGCAAUGGCCGUUUGAACACAAACAGUGGAGCAACUUAUGUAGACCGGCAUGCCACAAUACCCACAGGCGUUCUUUAUCCUCUGCAAGAAAUGACGAAUAUGAUUGCAGCUUCUCGAGUCCACAGAUAUGAAUAAAUAGAUACGGCACGCCCGAUUUGAGGUGCGAGCCGACAAGAGACGCUAAACUCAGGACGUUCAAAUUCGUCAGCGCAUUCCCGUGUGCGCGUACGGCAAGGGAACCGAUGAAUUGCAGCAUUAAAUCACGAUGCACACAGUUUGAAUUUGUUUAUUUGAUUACUACGUUUGUGUAAAGUACAAUACUAUUGACGAUGCAAACUGUAAGUACGACUAUUUUUAUUUUUUCCCCCCCCCCUAUACGUUAAAAGUUCAGAGGCGGAAAAAGUACUAGCACCUGUACUUAAAGAAGCACAGGUACUUGUUAAAAGUAGAAAUAUCUAUUUAUCUAUAGAUAUAGAUAUAGAUAUACAGCUCUAGUUAUCUAACUCUAGUGGCCACGAGCAUUUGGAAACCACGUCCCUUCAGGGUGACGCGCAAAAAGAGGGGCGUUCCGCGCGGAGAAGAUGGCGUGAGAGCGGCCGUCAAAGACGAGGCGGCGGAGAAUCGGGAGAACCUGCACAACGCGCGAGCGGCCAAAACGGUUGAGUGAACAACCGCGCAAUGGAUGGCUUUUCGCCCCCUUGGCAAUUUUCCGAUCCCCAUCAUCCCGGUCAACCCUCCUUCCACCUCCCCCAGAGCGACUUUCAGGUCCCCGCGGUCGGGUACCGGCGAGACUCGGUCCAGCAGUGCGAAAGUCAGGAGAUGUACUCCACGACAUCGUUCCUUUCCGGGGGCCAGCGUGUGAACAGCUUCCACCAUGAGGCUUGGCAUGAGGCGGGGGGGCCUCAGUUUUACAGCGGCCUUGACAGACCGUCCGAUGGAAACUGGGAAGCCACCGUGGGCCAGAAUUUGAAUCAAGCUGUGAGUCAGUGGAGCGAAAGCAGCGGAGAUCCCCAAAGUUGGGAUUUUGGCUCGAGCAGCGAGAACCCCAGUCCGUCGUCCGAGGCGCCCUGGCUCCGGUCCGGCCCGCUGAUCCAAACGGGGGCCACCCAAACUUUACCCUCACCAAAUCUUCCCCAGACGUCGGCCGUGGGCAUCCAAAGCGGCCCCCGGGUACUGGACUCAUUCCCUGAAGCCUUCCUUUCGCACCCGAAGAGAAGCUUCUCAGAGGUUAUCAGAAAGGAUUCUUACGGACCUGUUUGGGGACCGGCGGCCGUCGCGGGAGAGCACUUCGGAGCCGAAAAGUUUUUCCAUCCAAACACUUGCUCGACCUCCGCUCCACCGUUACCGUUCCCUCACCUGGCGUCUCCCUCGUCCCACUCGCCGGCCGUGACGUCCGCCCGCUCGCCCUCGUGGGGCGGAGACGGCGACGGGGCGCUCCACUUUUUUGCUUCCCAGGUGCCGUCGCUCGGCUCCUACGGGACGAUGUGGCCGUUCGCCGCCGGGUCGGCGGGGACCAGCAGCAUCGCAGCCCCGUCGCACCUUGUCCCCUCAUCCGGAAACUCCUCUCUCAAAUCCCGCAGAGCCCCGCGUCAUGACCAACGUCCUCAAGCGGCAGGAGGCGCCGCUCACCGUUGGAAGAACCAAAUCUACACCGGAACGCCAUUUCCCAGCAUCCUUCACUCCAGCAAGGGAACGAGAGAUCACUACACACCCCGACCCCUCCUCAACCCAGCUCGCCAAGGGACAGGGCUUUACUCGUCCCUCUCAGCCGUCCAGCCAAGACACGAGGACAAAUGUGGGGAGGCGGCAUGGGUCAACAUCGGCAGCAAUUUCCAGGCCGAGCUCCCCGCCCCGUGCGCCACUGAGGCCAGGGAGGAAUUGAACUGGGAACAGUUUCUGUGGAAGUCAUGGAGGGAGCUGCGGGAGAGUCGUAAGACGCAGGAGCAAGUGGAAAAGCUGCUGUUGAUGUGCAACUCCAGUUGCUUACCAGGAGGGGGCAGCAACAUCGAGCUGGCGCUGCACGCUCUGCAUUCCUGCCAGGCCGACGUCUUGGCCACACUGGAGAAGCUACUGCUAACUGGAACGUCACCAGCAGGUGACUACCAGUAUGCCGGUAGCGACGUUUGGACCGAGAGUGAGAGGAGCGCCUUCAACGGAGUCCUGCACACUCACGGGAAAAACUUUUCGCUCAUUCACAAAACGGUGAAAACGAAGACGGUAAGCCAGUGUGUGGAGUUUUAUUACCUGAACAAUAAACUCCAAGAUAAGCAGAUAAAACAAACAAAGCAGCAGAAUCGGGAUGAGAAGGGAGGAGAGUCGGAGCAACGCAAGAGGGUAAUUGAAAAGCAGUCGGAACCAAAGAAGGCGGGUCCUGCGCCGCCAUUGGCUAACUCAUUCCCUUGCACGAAGUGCGGCAAAAUGUUCUACAAGGUCAAGUCCCGCAACGCUCACAUGAAAAUCCAUCGGAAGAUUCCAGACACCUGGACCGACAGGCUCAAAUCUCAACGUUUGAAUUCCAUGAUUCCCAGCGUCACACCUGGCCAUUUUGCCCUCAGCGAUGCCAGCCUGCGACCGCCGCCCACCUACCCUGGCAUCCCAGACACUCAAGUAAGCGCCAUCGUUGAUGUUGGCGGCCCAGGACCGCCGUAUGUCUCAGCUUUCAACCAAUCGUGGCACUCUUUUGACGAGUUGCAAAACGAGGCUCACGUCCCUUAAAUCUGUUUUCCUCCAAACGUUGAAAUUGGGUAAAUUCCUGCAGCACAGUAGAUCACAGUCUAUCUUUUUCUAACAAUGCCGACUCCUGAGAUUCAAAUUGGACUUGAAGGGUACUUUGUUUCAAAAGCCCUUUUUGUUUGUUUGUUUAAAGUCCUUUUUGUGUGUAUUUUUUUAUUCUCUUGCCAGUGCUCAUUUCACAUUGUUUGAAUUUGCAUUGUAAGGUAUUGGGCUUUUUUUCAGAAACUGUUCAGCACAUCUUUUUUUUUUUUUGUAUUCAGGCCCAUUAAACUGUGCCGGUUUUCUCAA